AUGGGCGGUGCGGUGGACGUAAAAGGCAACGUGUUCAUCGACGGCCGCACCGACGGCAGCGCGGAGUGGAACAUCUUCUGGGAUCCGCCGGCAGCGAAGACGGUGCUCACCUGCCCGCACCUCAAGACCGUCGUCUUCUCCCUCGACUCCACCAACUCCGUGCCCGUGACGUCGGCCGUGGUGCAGAAGUUCGGUGCCCAAAACGAAUAUCUGCUCUCACAGUUCGUAGGUGCGACGUGGGCCAGCUGCACCCACGUGGUGUUGAUGCGGCCGGAUGACGGCUACUACGCCUGGGACGUGCUGACGGCGGCGUACGCGGUUGACAAGUCGCUCGCCGAGGUGGAGCCGGUAGCGCUGGAGGUGGUGGUGGAGGCGAACCAUCCGAUUGAGGGCCGCACAAAGCGCCUGCCUGCCGGGGCGGUCUCGGGCAACACGGUCAUGGCCAAAAACACCAAGGCCGACUUCUUCUAUCAAAUGGUGCUGAACAGCACGCGCCGCUGUUUGCCCAAGUAA